GGAGAAUGCAGCGGCCCCACCCGGCUGACAGGCGCCCGGCAUCUGCGCGGCAGCGGUCUCACCUCUGCCCAGUAUGGACUGUAACUGCGUGUCGGAUCUACUGCUCACCUCCCCGGUACCGGCCCUCUGGGCUCCAGGGUUCGCCUUCCCCGACUGGGCCUACAAGCCCGAGUCGAGCCCCGGCUCGCGGCAGAUCCAGCUGUGGCACUUCAUCCUGGAGCUGCUGCAGAAGGAGGAGUACCAGAACGUGAUCGCCUGGCAGGGCGACUACGGCGAGUUCGUGAUCAAGGACCCCGACGAGGUUGCGCGGCUGUGGGGCAUCCGCAAGUGCAAGCCCCACAUGAACUACGACAAGCUGAGCCGGGCGCUGAGGUACUACUACAACAAGCGGAUCCUGCACAAGACGAAGGGGAAACGCUUCACCUACAAGUUCAACUUCAGCAAGGUGGUGCUGGUGAACUACCCGCUGCUGGAGGUGGGCAGCGCGCCCCUCCUGCUGGCCCCCUGCCCCGGGGGGGCGCACGGCCCCGACUGCCCGCCCCUCACCCCCGAGACCCUUCAGUCCCUCUUCUCCAGCCCCCGCCUGGGGGACCCCCCCGGACGCGGCCCCCUCUUCGAGCGCCAGACCGAGAGCGAGAAGCUGCGGCUGGACUCGGCCUUCCCCUUCCUGGGCUCAGGUGUCUCCAGCUAUUCGAAGCCCCCCUUGCUGGCCCCCUACGGCAGGACGCCCCCCUUCCCUGAGUAUCCCUGGAAUUUUAACCCCUACCUCUCCAGCGCCUUCCCCCUUAGCAGCUCCAAACUCCCCGCCUCCCUCUACUCCCCCCAUUUCUAUCCCAACCCUCUGGCCCAGCUCCCGGCCCCUGUCUCCCUCCUGGCGGGGGAGGGAGCUGAGAGGGGGGCCCUGGGCCCAGCGGCCGUGCCACGCCUGUGCCUGCCCCCCCACGGUGCCGCCCUGUCCCUGAGGGGCGAAGGCCACGGGCCGGGGGGGCGGGAGAGGGAGGCGCUGGGGGACCGGGGGUCAAGCCCUCCAGGGGGCCCCAAGGAGGAUCCAGGCUCCGACUCGGAGCUGGAGAUCACGGAUCUGAGCGAAUGCAGCUCGGAGAAUGAGUCCAGCCCCGAGAGCCUGGAGCUCAAACUGGGGGCGCUGGAGGGGGGCCCGGGGGCUGCUGGGGGCCCAGCCGAGGAGGGGAAGAGCCCGGCGGGGACCUGA